AGUGCUAUCACAGGGAGAGGACGGGACCUGGCCGUAGAAGCAAAGCGGAAAGAAAAUGGCGGCCGUGGCUGCGGAGCCAGGAGCUGUUGCGGUAUCAACAACAACAGCGGGGGACUGUGGUGAGCUCGAACCGGUGCCAGCUGUGCCGGGGGGCAAACUCGACUCUGAUGCAACGCAGCAGUACGCGCCAGUAAUAGACCUUGUUCACCAACUCAAGGAUGGGGAUGCAGUUCAGGAAUGCAGCCAGGUCCAAAUGGAGCUACUGAGCAGGCCAGACCAAGAAGCCGCGGGAAAAGUCCUCGCUGCUUGUGCAUUGGAUGAACACAUCGAUACAGGAUGUCUCAUGGUCGGCUUAGAAAAUACCGAUAACCAUUCUCGCGGGGGCUAUGGUUCGAAAUACACAAUGUCGAGGGCAGAACGCUUGAAACAAUUUUUUUCGCCUAAUGUUGAUCCUGCAAACGAGCUCAGUAAGCACGAGCCCUACGCCUGCCAUCAGAAUAGCUCCAUCUCCGAUUCACAGCCAUCGGUGGUCUUUUUGCAUUCGUUCCCUGCGCAUCCUGUGACUACGGAGGCUGGGCUGUCGUUGGCAGAGCCAGCAGAGCCCAUAAUCAAUUACUAUCAAAACACAGAAUUAACCCAACCUACUAUUAUCGAGUGUGACUAUAGAGCUUUAAUUAAACCGUCCCAUGAGGCUGAACUGGAGCCCGAAUCAGCAGAUGAUGCUCUUUCUGGUACCGAGUACAAGGCCGAGUCUUUGGGAGAUGCCUCUCUUGAACAUCCCCAGUCCAUAGAACACAUCGACUCUCUGCCAGUUCUAGAGACGGAGACACUCAUUGGAACACCCAUGGAGACUGGAUACAUUUAUGACUUUUCGAGCAUCACAAACCAGAACUCUCCGAGUCCCGAGCUUCCUGUAAUGGUAGUGGGUCAGGUUGACUCCUCGGCAGAACUUGGGGACUCGUGCUCACGACAGCGGAGUUUGGAAACGAACUUCCACGAGAGCGAGACCGUAUUGAAUCCCCCUCACCCCAUGCCCGUUGCUGAUACUGAGGAGGUACAGUCCGAGUCAAUGGACAAUCUGAUACCUGGUUCUGAAGUUCGAGUAUCUCUGGAUCACAUCAUCGACGACGCACUGGUGGUGUCCUUUCGGUUAGGCGAGAAGAUCUUCUCUGGGGUUCUGAUGGACCUCUCUAAAAGGUUUGGACCCUAUGGAAUUCCAAUCACUGUGUUCCCAAAGAGAGAAUACAAGGAUAAACCUGAAUCUAUGCAGCUAAAGACAGAACCAUUCCAGCCAGAGAAGGUGGAAAUGCCAGUCCAGGAAAACCCUGACAGCCAAGUUGUCGCAAUCCCCGAACCAAACCCUGACCCCCAGCCUAAGCCUAACCCAUGGACUACAAAACCUCCGCCACUGUUUCAGGAGGGAGCCCCUUACCCUCCGCCAUUGUUCAUCAGGGACACCUACAACCAGUCGUUACCUCAGCCGCCCCCCCGCAAGAUCAAGCGGCCCAAGCGCAGGCUGUAUCGCGAGGAGCCCACCUCUAUUAUGAACGCCAUCAAGUUGCGGCCUCGCCAGGUGCUCUGUGACAAGUGCAAGGGGACUGUCAUGACUGUGGACAAGAGGGAGCCACGUAGAGGCCCUGUGUCAGACUCUAGGGGCGAGGACGCCAAGCGGAGACGCAACGACAGUGCAGCUACUGUCAGCAAGCGGCCACGUAAUGACUCUCGCUCUGAGGAGAAGCGCCAUGCUGCUGAGGCGUCCAAACGGCAGGCCUCAGGGAUUCGAGUCUCCUCUUCCUCUUCUCUGGGCCAGGUGAAGGCCGGAGCUGGAGGGAACAGGGUUCUGAGGACAACAGCCACCACAACAACAUCACCGGUCAACAGCAGCUCCAGAGUCCAGCUCAAUGCCAAGAAAGUGCUACAGAGCAAAAAUGUUGAUCACUCCAAGGCAAGGGAGGUGCUGAAACUGGCCAAGGCGCAGAAGAGGCAGAGAGAGACUACAGUGGUCACUGGCAGCAGUGGCAACGCCAAGACGAUGACGAGGGCCGCUGCCCUGCAGGAGGCCCACGCCCACCAGAAGGUCCACUUCACCCGGCGGCUGCAGCAGAUCAGCGGGGUGGGACCAAGCAACGCCACCCCUCUGCCACCCAGGAUGCGCAUCAAGCCCCAAAGGUACCGUAAUGAAGAGAAUGACUCUUCUACAUGUAAGCCGCCUUGCCUCGAGAAAGUGCCGGGAAGUGGCCGUUUGUCCCCUCCAAAGCCAGGCGCGCCCCGCUGCACCUCCACGCGCUCCUCCUCCUCCUCCUGCUCCACAGGCGAGGCCACUGCUGCUGAAAACCAGGGUCUAGAUAAAGGGCCAGAACCUGAGCUCAGUCCUCAGACCCAAUCCCAGACCCAAGUGGAACCCCUCACAGCCACGGAGCACAGCAACCCCAAGGUGGAGCCAGAGGAGCAGGGGGGGCGGGAGGAGAGGCGGGAGACGCGCGGCAGCAAGGCUGGCAACCUUGUGGUGUACAUGACCCUUAACCCCAGCCAGCCUGACUCCUCUAAUACCUCCAUGUGCAGCGUUGAUAGUGCAGAUGACUUAAAGUCUUCAAACUCAGAGUGUAGCUCCACCGAGACCUUUGACUUUCCCCCUCCCGGUGAUUUGCACUCGCCCCCCGCCCCCGGCACAUCCUCAGCAGUCACUGACCCCUCGCCAGCACCUACGGAAGAGAAAACCCCUCGUAAAUCUCAGAAAGUGUUUUCCAAAAAUGUGUCUAAGUGUGUCUCUCUGGACGGCAGGAGCAUUUGCGUAGGGGACAUCGUUUGGGCCAAAAUAUAUGGUUUUCCUUGGUGGCCAGCCCGCGUCUUAGGCAUCCAGAUCAGCCGCAAAGAUAAUGGGCUCUUAGUCAGGCAGGAGGCCCGUGUCGCCUGGUUCGGUUCACCCACCACCUCCUUCCUGGCACUUGCACAGGUCGCCCCCUUUCUAGAAAGCUUCCAGUCACGCUUCGACAAGAAGAGAAAGGGCUUGUACCGUAAAGCCAUCACAGAGGCAGCCAAGGCUGCCAAGCAGCUCACUCCUGAGGUUCGCGCCUUGCUUACGCAAUUCGAGACGUGAGGUGGUGUGCUUUGGGGAAAAGGAAAGUGCUACAACGCUGAAGGGCUGCUGAUGGAUCCUUUACACUGCCAGACGGAAGGACAUGUCCAGAAUUGGAGACGUCAUCGAUAUAAUUAUUUUUAUUUAAGUAUCGGAAGAAGGAACAUUUCUAUAUUUAUAAUGAAUUGCAGACCUACUCCACCUCUGGGCCUGUCCAUCAUGCUGAAUACCAUUUGAUUUCUUUGAGCAGGUGUCCAUGUCCACAAGCAUGUGACCUUAGUUUGAGUGAGGACAUCUGCAGAGUAGACGAGCACUCUGACCAUUAUAGAUAUCUAUUACAUUUGUAUUACAUACAUGUUGACAGGACACAGGAUUUUGCAGGGUUUUUAGUAUGUUGAUCAGUGAUCUUUGAAAUGCAAAGACAAAAAAAUGAAUAAAAACAAUACUAUGUAAAACAUUUAUAUUAAUGCAAUAAAGAUUGCAUGUGCUAUGCUAUUACAGUGCAUUUGCAGAAGGCUGUGCUUUGUUGUGUUGAAGCAGUCUUGAAAAAGAAUACUGGUGUCUCAAGCCCCGUUUAUACCUGGUGCUAACAUGCCUAACAUGCGUGUCCUGAUCCUGUCCACAGUCUGAUUGUGCCCACAUUUGAAGUGAAGUGAUUGUGAUCAGAUCUUCCUGACCACCUCAGGAGGUAGUCAGGGACACGUAUCUGGAUUAUCAAACAUUUUAAAUCGUCCCUCUUGACUCAAGGCAAUAUUUGUUUAAUUUCUCCCCAAAUUCGUGGUAUCCAAUUGGUAGUUACAGUCUUGUCCCAUUGCUGCAACUCCCGUAUGGAUUUGGAAGAGGCAAACCAGGAUCUCUAAUGGCACAGCUAGCACUGCGAUGCAGUGCCUUAGUCCACAGCGCCACUCGGGAGACCCAGCAAUAUUUGUGUUAACAUAAAAUAAAAAUUAGCAUUAAUACGCUGAAUUAUACCUUUUUUGAGAAAGGUGAUUGGGAGGAUUAGAACCUGUGACCUUCUGGUCCCUUGCCACAUCCAUUGCACCAGCAGGGGGAUGGUACUAGCCCAGUCUUGUCACAUAUUUAAAGCUGUUCAGCCAGAAAGUUAGUAGAUUAGAAAUGUAAUAAGUUGAAAAUGUUGGUUACAUUUUUAAAAAGAAGUCGCAACUCAGAUUCGAACUAGCAACCUUGCGGGUCGCAACCAAUGAUAUAUAUAUAUAUACACACACACGUACGUGUAUUUUUCUUAAUGUCUACAUUUGUUUAAUUCUAUUAGACACCUUAAUGCAUACUUUCAAAUUAUAUGUGAGCUGAACAUACAAAUAACAAAAAUUAGAAACAUUUAAAGUACUUAUAUCCACACUACAACAACAACAUACUUAAAUCAAUGUAAUUUUGUCCUUGAAAACAACAAAGUAAUUGAAAUACUGUAGAAUUACAUUCAUUACUAUUGAGGAUUGCUUCUUCUGAGUUCCAAUAUGGCCGACCAGUGGGUUCUAAGCCUCUCAUCCACCAAUACAUAGCAUCAGCAAUCUAACGUUCAUAUACAUCAUUUGUUGCAACCCGCAUUUAACGCCCUCCAUCCUACCUCCAAAGGCCUUUUUUUCUGUUGCUCUCACCUGUAACUCCAACCACUGAUAUUCUAAGUUUUGCCCAAUGAACAUUAGGCCUAGAUUAAAACAGAUCAAGCGAUAGCUGACACCUGCAUAACUGAUGGCGGUGUCGAAGGUGUAACUGCGUUGGAGCUGUCAAAUCGGUGAAAGAUCAGCUAUGUGGAUGUAGGAGGAUCACCAUCAGUUAUUUUGAUCGUCGACACCGGUCUAAAAAUGUGGGCCCAAUCAGAAUGUGGACGAUAUCAGCACCAGGUAUACACGGGGAUUCAGUCUGCCCCGACCUUAUACCAACUCCUGUUGUCCCACAGUAAGCUACCCACUGAGCUACAAGCAGCCUUAAAGAACAGGAGUUAGCUGAACAACUCCAAAUGUCUAGACUGUUCCUGGGGAGAUGCAGUACUUGGUGUGUAAUCUACAAUUGACUGGCAGAUACAGAAAAUCAAAGAUAUCACGCUCCCCCAGUCAGGGUCCUCCUGUAGGGCUCUAUUCAAUCGGCUUCACUGAAGCGUAAGAAAUGUAAAGGUAAAUAUCCUUAUGAGCCGACAUUAUGCAGCGUUUAACGCGAAUGCAGUCUCCACUAACGCGGGAACAUUGCCUUUAAAUUUCAAUCACGCUAACGCUGAAGCCCCCUUCAUCCAGCACAGAUUUUUUUGAUGACAUGACAUUUUAUGUGCAAAUUUAAGCGUACAUGUCAUUUUCCUUGCCAGAUGUCCCUAUUCAGUCACUCUCUAGGGUUAAAACCACAAUAUUCCUCCCUGACUUUCCUCCUCACUUCAAGACAAGCAGAGCCAGUUGACUGGACCGAUUUUGAGGUCAUAGGCUGGAUUGGGGAUUCCCAAAGGGAAACAAACACAUGGUCAAGUCAGUCAGCAGCUGAAGAGAGCCACAGUGACUGAAUCAGCUGUGGCUCAUCUCUCGCCAUCUCGUGUACAUGUAUGCGUUUUGAUACAAUCUAUUAAUGUCUUGACUUAACAGACUGGUGGAUGUUGGAAAUCCUGUUUUGUAAUUACUGUAUAUCUCCUAAAAUCAGUAAAUCUGCUUUUUGCCUUUGUA